AUGGAGCCGCAAGCUCCCGCCACCGGUGCCUCCGCUUCUUCCCAGCCUUCUGAGCCCUCACAGUCUCACCCAUCGCAGCCUCCCGCGACUUCUCUCCCUCCCAAUUCCUCAUCAGCCCCUUCACUCUCUGCUCCGCUGCAUUCUUCCCCAAACCCUAAUCCUGUCCCGAACCAACCCCCUAACACAACCUCCAAAGCGCCUUCUCCUUCCCCUCUUCCGUCUACAUCGGCACCCCCACAAUCUCGCCCUCCCACCGCAUUCAACAGAAAUUUACCGCAGCAACCACAGCAGCAGCAUUAUCCGCACUUCUCUUCGACUCUCUCUUCACUUCCUCCUGCAUCUUCUGCUCCGGUUGGUUCUGGGUCUUCUUAUUCGUCUGCUGGUUCACCGUCGAUUUCCGGGCCUUCUGCACCAAGGGGCGGCAUGGCGAUCGGUGUUCCCGCCCACCACCAGAAUCCGUCUCCUCCGUUUUCAUCCUCUUUCGGGCAGCAUUUUGGAGGGUUGGGACGAACUGGAGUCAACAUCACUGACUCGACCCCUAAUUCUACCGCUGCUCCGGUCAGAGCGCCCACGCAAGGAAUGGGCAUGCUAGGAUCUCUCGGUUCAAGUUCUCAAAUGCGACCAGGUGGAAUGCCUACACAUCAACACCGACCCAUCCAAUCAUCUCUUAGAGCACCAUCUGCCCAAAGUAAUCAGUCCACUGGUUCACAAAGUUUCCAAGGUCCUGGACUCAUGAGAGCCUCAUCGGUGGGAUCACCUGCUUCACCAUCUGUAAGUGCAUCACAAGGCAUGCAGUCACUUAAUCAGCCUUGGCUGUCUUCUGGAACACCAGGGAAGCCUCCUCUACCAUCUGCUUCUUAUAGGCAACACCCACCAUCCCUGCAGCAAAGGGCACACAUACCGGCCCAGCAGCACUCAACACCAACAGCAUCACAGCAACAGCAACACCAACCUUUGGCAUCAAACCAGUUGCAGGAUCAUUUGGGGCAGCAAGUUCCAUCUUCAAGGGCGCUUCAUAUGUCUCACCAGCAGCAGAAUACAAAAGUACAAGGACCUGGCAAUCAAAAGCCUACUACUCUUGCGUCAUCACAACCCAGUGCAGUUCAAGCAGGGAUUCAGAAUCGAACAUCUAAUGUAGAUGCUGAUGAAUCAUGUAAUAGAAUUCUGAGCAAAAGAACUAUUCAUGAGCUAGUCAGUCAGGUUGAUCCAUCAGAGAAGCUGGAUCCUGAAGUCGCAGACAUUCUUGUGGAUAUAGCAGAAAAUUUUUUAGAAUCUGUAAGCUUUUGGAUUUAGUUCGUGUUGGUUUAA